UCUGUAUUAACGGGAUGCUGGUGCUCCGUGUUGGCGGGAUGCGGGUGUUCCGUGGGCCGGGAGCGCCACCCUCCCGUCCCAGGCUUCUGUGUAACACUGAACUUGCAUGGCUAUUAUGGCUUCUGAGGUUUCAACCAAACAUUCAGAUGUCUGUCAGGGAAGAGCUUCCUCCGGGAAGCUGAGAACCACAGCAAGUGCCGGUGCUCUGCACUGGAUCCAAGCACCUGCUUUAUGUCUGCAGAUCCCUCACGACCUGUUGCCUUGGGUCUGGGGCUCAGAUCUCUCUCGCAGGCUCCUAUUUCCAGCCAUCCUGGGGUGCAGGAAGAAACCCUGGAAGGUUUGUGGCCAGGCUAGGAAUAGAGACAAACACUGAUACAGCAUCCCGGUUAUUUAUUCACGACCUAUUUGGCUGAGUGAGAGACACUGUGUGCAGCUCUAGCAGCCUGAAAGGAGUCUUGGGAGUUCAUGGGGUCUAACAGAGAUGAUAGGAGGGAUUGCUGUGUGCUGUAAUGCAAAGUGCACGAGGUGGGUGGGUGGUGAUGCAGCCAGGAAGUCUGGGAGGUCGCUAUUCAAUGCAGAUGUAGAGAGACUGGCUAGUUUGCCAGCCAAACUGGGGGCAGAGACUUCAAGGACAGAAAGAAUUUCAGUUAGAUUUUUUUUUUUAAUGUGCAGAUGAAAGAAGCCAGAACUUCAGCUAAUCAAACAGCAGAUUACGCAGCAGAACCAGGAAUUGUGGGUGGGAAAUAAGCUGCAAGGUGGAAGGGCUUACCAAAAUGUGCAGGGGUCUAAAUAUGCAGGCCCAUAAGUUUGUCCUGGGAUGAAGCAGGCUGGGAAGGAAUUCCAGUGGCCACUCUGCUGGCUCUGUGAACAGUGAUGGAGGCUGGCACCCACAAGCUGGUAAACAGAAUCCUAUGAGGCCCACUUCUGGUGGUGCAGAACACCUGGGCUCCUCUGACCCCACGCCUCUCACUCCCUAGCAGCUGGCAACCUAUACUUCGAGCCUUAUCUAGUUGCUUUUGUGUGGACAGAGAUUUUCCUACCUAUCACAGCCAUGAACUUCCUCCGGAGGCGUCUGUCUGACAGCAGCUUUGUGGCCAACCUACCCAAUGGCUAUAUGCCAGACCUGCAGCGCCCAGAGACCUCCAGUAGCUCCCCAGCAUCCCCAGCCACAGAGAGGAGGCACCCCCAGCCCCUGGCUGCCUCCUUCUCUUCUCCAGGAUCCAGCCUAUUCAGCUCCUUCUCCAGUGCCAUGAAACAGACACCACAAGCGCCCUCAGGGCUGAUGGAACCACCAACUCCUGUCACACCCAUGGUUCAGAAACCCAGGAUCUUAUUAGUGAUCGAUGAUGCCCACACAGACUGGUCAAAAUAUUUUCAUGGGAAGAAAGUGAAUGGCGACACUGAGAUCCAAGUGGAACAGGCUGAGUUUUCUGAGCUAAACCUGGCAGCUUAUGUCACCGGAGGCUGUAUGGUGGACAUGCAAGUUGUGAGAAAUGGCACCAAAAUUGUGCGGUCCUUCAAACCGGACUUCAUCCUGGUCCGACAACAUGCCUACAGCAUGGCUCUGGCUGAAGACUACCGCAGCCUGGUCAUCGGCCUCCAGUAUGGAGGGCUUCCGGCUGUCAACUCUCUAUACUCUGUAUACAACUUCUGCAGCAAGCCCUGGGUGUUCUCUCAGCUCAUUAAGAUCUUCCAUUCCUUGGGUCCUGAGAAGUUUCCACUAGUGGAGCAAACAUUUUUUCCCAACCACAAGCCAAUGCUCACAGCCCCACACUUCCCCGUGGUGAUCAAGCUGGGACAUGCCCAUGCUGGCAUGGGAAAGAUCAAAGUAGAAAACCAGCAUGACUACCAGGACAUCACCAGUGUGGUGGCCAUGGCCAAAACCUAUGCCACUACUGAGGCCUUUAUUGACUCCAAGUAUGACAUCCGCAUACAGAAGAUUGGAUCCAACUACAAGGCAUACAUGAGAACCUCCAUCUCUGGAAACUGGAAGGCCAAUACAGGUUCUGCCAUGCUGGAGCAGGUGGCCAUGACAGAAAGGUACAGGCUAUGGGUGGACAGCUGCUCAGAAAUGUUCGGCGGCCUAGACAUCUGUGCUGUCAAGGCUGUCCACAGCAAGGAUGGCAGAGAUUAUAUCAUCGAGGUCAUGGACAGUUCAAUGCCCCUGAUUGGAGAACAUGUGGAAGAGGACAAGCAGUUAAUGGCUGACCUUGUUGUCUCCAAGAUGAGCCAACUCCUGGUGCCAGGGGGCACAGUACCUUCACCCCUGAGACCUUGGGGUCCACAGACUAAACCUGCAAAAUCUCCAGGACAAGGCCAGCUGGGACCUCAACUAGGACAGCCACAGCCAAGGCCACCUCCACAAGGGGCCCCUCAUCAGGCUCAGUCUCCUCAGCCUCCCAGAUCUAGAAGUCCAUCCCAACAGAGGCUCUCUCCACAAGGCCAGCAGCCUGUGAGCCCCCAGUCAGGAUCUCCACAGCAGCAAAGGUCACCAGGCUCUCCACAGCUAUCCAGGGCAUCUGGUAGCAACUCUCCAAACCAGGCCUCCAAGCCAAGUGCCAUCCUCAGCUCUCAUCCCCGGCCACCUGUGCAGGGCCGCAGUACCUCCCAGCAGGGUGAGGAGCCCCAAAAACCAGUAUCACCUCACCCGCACCUCAACAAAUCUCAGUCCCUGACUAACAGCCUCAGCACAUCUGAUGCCUCCCAUCGAGGGACCCCAAGUGAAGAUGAGGCCAAGGCUGAGACCAUCCGCAACCUGAGGAAGUCUUUUGCCAGCCUCUUCUCUGACUAGCAACAGCCCAGGCUGGAGGGCAGGAGGCGGGAAGACUCAAUGACUAGAGCCUUUCUCUGAUUCUCUCUUUCUUAGCCUUGCUUCCUGGUGGAAACAUGCUUCCUGACCCAGGAACUGGUGAUCUACAUGCAUUCCCGUCUCCUUUACCAUGACAUUCCAUUGCCGUCUGACUGAAUAGUAGCCUCAAGGCCCUUAGGUUCCUCAACACAGGCCUUCUAGACAGACAAGGCACUACUACACCCACCAUAUGCUUGCUCCCCUGCCACUGGUACCAAGUGAGAUGUCUGUGUGGCUUGUUUUUGCAUUCUUAUUUAUAUUUUUCUCGCCUUUAGGUGGCGGUCCCCUUCUAGGCCUUGACUUACCUCCAUUAAAUGCAUACAUUGUAGUCAGACCUCAGCAACACAAGAGGCAAUAUGUUUUAAUGGUGUUUUUGUAAACAAAAAUAGGAAAGCCCAACCGGGAGCCUACUACUCAUCCAACAGCAAGCUGGUGGGCGCAGGCUGACAAAGGCCCCAUCACAGCUGGCCCUCAUAGACACCUUGAUGUCAAUAGAACGAAGCUAGAUCCUGUGCAACAAGUGGGGCUAGAAGAGAACAGAGGGAACCCACAUAAUGCCACCUCUGCCUAGAGCCAACAGCAGGAAUCCAGAGGAAAGAGCUUAUGUUCCCUGGGGAGAGCUUCAUAGGAGGACGGUGCCUCUCUGUCCUCACACUGACUUCACAGAGAAUCUGUUCUUUUUCCUCCUUAAAGGUGGAUAGAUAAGCUCCCUGUCGCAGGAUCAGAAGACACAGUGAUGAAUUCUGAUUCAGCAUUUUAUCUGCUCUGAAAAAAGAGUCAAGAACGCCACUCAAUUUACAGAGUCUCCUUGUGGGACAGCCUUCAAAAACAGUGCACAUAUUUUUCUUCGGGAGACAAUGAAGCCUUUUGUAAUGUCUUCCAGAAAGUUUCACUCCAACCUUGUUUCAGCCUACCCAUGGUGACUAAGAUGGUUUGCUGCAUGGCUAGGCAAAAUGGUCCCAAUUCCCUUUCCAGUGCUCUUCCCCUUGUAUCAGACUGCCUCCUAGGUUCACAUCACCAAGCACCUGGUGUUAGAAACAUUCAGGUGCCAGAAGCAGCCUCCUAAUCCCAGAAGACCCAGGACAUCAGAAUAGCCAUGUUUCUCUGCACAGCCCCCUUAGCCACCCAAGGUGUGCCUUCCCUGCACUGUGUGAGGGAAAGAGGAGUUAUUAACUGAAGCAGCUUCUGUUUCUGUGGAAGUUCUGCAGAUUACUUGGUGAUCAUCUGAGGCCUCCUCAGGCCUCCGGGUACAGAGAAGCAGUCACUAUGUUUCUGGGGAGUUUGUUUUCUUAAAACAGUCUCACUCAUUCAGGCUGGCCUAGCACUUAUUGUGUAACCACACAAGUCUCAAAAGCUGAUUCUCCUGCUUUAUAAGCCUCCCAAGUGCUGAGAUUAUACUCAUGAAUCACCACACCCAACAAGCAUUUAUCACUUCUUGGUCCUCCCAGCCCAGACUGGAGUGGCAGAGACAGGGUAGAGAACCUCUCAUGCCUUGACUCACUUAGAACCCUGCAUUUCUGCAGAAUGCACCUUCAAGCUGCUUUCCAGCAGGGAUCAACUCAGCAUAAAAAGUGGUAGCUCUGGCUGCAGAGAUCCAGUUUGUCCUGAGGGUCAUCCUCUUCCUUCUUGCCUUGUCUUUCCCUCAUGGGACAGUCAAUACUGAGAGCAAGUUCACUAGAGUUAUUUCCAAAGCCCUAUUUGGCCUCUCUUUCCACAUCCUUAGUUUGGAAUGGUAGGUAGCAGCUGUGAUAUAAGAUUGUAACAUCAGGUAGGUAGAGUGACCACCAAGGCCACAAUUUGGAACUGGAAAUGCCAGCGUGUAGGCCAAAUAUGCUGUGCUGUGGAGUGAGUGAACUGCUGAAGGCCUAGUACCCCUCCCAGUAACAACAAAGCCCAAGCUCUUUUAUUCCUCUCUAAUUUUCAUGAAUUCAGUAUGUACGGGACAGUCCCUGGGGCAUACCUACAUCUCCCUCAUUUUGAUCAGCUGCCCUUCUAGCACAGAAUGCAGCUGGCAAAAGCUUCCAGAAUGUUUCUCGGGGGCAAUAUGGUGAGACACACGGCAAAACUGUCAGUGCAUUCUCCUAACCCUCCCCUUUCUCUGGUAAGAGAAGGUCUUGAGGCCAGCACCCCCCAUCCACGCUUUAGAUAGGUUAUCCAAAGGAAGAAAAAAGAUCAGUCUAUGAGUCCAAUGUUGCUUCCUCCUGCUCCUCCUCUGCUCUGACUUAGCCCUUGCACCUCUCUCUCAAAUGCACGCACGCACACACACACACAGUGCCUGGCUAAUGACCAGAAUGAACACAUUAAAAUAUAACAUCUUAAAACCUCAUUGUCAUAUUUCAGACUCUUUCUAGGGAGUCCCUCAUACUUGCCUCAGUAAGACUGCUUCGCCACCAGACCUUGAGAAGCCAGGACUCACUCAUGAGACACAUGUGGAGGGAAUCAGAACAACAGCCUCACAAGACUAAAGGGCUUAAAGGGCCUACCCAGGCCCUGACAAUAACAGCUCAAGUUACUCCUGUAGAAAGUUCUGACCCAGUCAGUAAGAUUCAGUCACAACACACACACAAAGACAGACAGACAGAGACAGACAAGCAGGCAGGCAGAGGAGGAACCUUGCAUUCUAGAAAAGGACGAGAGGCAAGGCAUAUACUGUUGGGAGUGACAUCAGAAAGCCAUGCUUUAGGUGGUUAAGAACAUGGGGAACCCUGUGGCAGCUGUCAUUCUACACCAGUCUCAACAUUAAAACACAGGCUCCCGACACAGUGGAGUGGUAACUGGCAGCAGAAGUUUCUCACAGUGUAGGCCAUGGCCCUGGACAGAACAAGUUAUAAAGGCUUAGGGAGCUUUGCUUCAGAUCACACAGGACUAUGAAGUUUUAGAGGGCUCAGAGCUGCAGCUGGAUCAGCCUCUGAAUGUUCUGGAGGUCUGCUAAAGUUGGGCUACCAUUCUGAAGCAGGGCAGGGAAAGAUAUGCUUCGAUCUCCAGCCCUGCUGGGGACCUGCCCCUUUGAUGGACAGAACUAAUGGCUCCAUAAAUGACCAUUUGGCCAUAAUGUUCUCACUUAGAUUCUUUCCCUAAAUAUAUCUCAGCAUUCAAUGACAUCCCUCCAGGAUCCCAACUACAGUAGCACAAAUGCCUUUCAAAAUCUAAAUCAGGCCAGGCAUCCUGAUUUUUAUAACCAUACAUGUCUAGGUCCAUGAUGUAACUCUAGACUGUAGCCAGCUCUUUUAAAUAAUUUCCAACUGGCCUGGAAAUGCAAACAGAGGCCAAAAGUAUAUACAGGUCCCAUGGAAACCACAUUUCUCUCCAAAUGAUUAUUUUCCCAUAGGCUAAGACAUGUUGCUCCCAAAACUUUAACCUUCAAUUGUGACAUUUACAGGUGGAAAAGGGCAAAAGGAAAGGGGGCAGGGGAGUCACUGCAAAUAGAUUCUGAAAGACUGUAUUGGGUUUUGCUAGCUUUUAUAACACUGACACACACAAUAGCAUUUCCCCUCCACGCUGACUUAGUGAUGCUGAGACACAACAAAGACCCAUUCAAUUAGUGCAUAAUAAAUAGGGACUUCCAAACACUUCCAAAAGAAACCUCAAAACAGCCAGAACAAGCUUCCACCAGACCUUCCCAUCAUUUGGAGAAGAUGAUGCUGGAUGAACUUUGGUUGGUGUGGAAUCAACUUAAUACCGGCAUCCAAUUCUUGUUCCUUAAUUCCCUGCUUCAUCCACUCCUAGCAUGCAGUUGCUUCUAUCCCCCAGGAAUAUGACAGUCCAUCACUCUCAAAAAAAAAAAAAAAAUCACUGAGAACUCCAUGAAGCUGAAUAGCCACUGCCUCCAGGUGAAUAGCUGUGAAAGAGGCACCAAGGAAGCAAGCUGGCUGAGCACCUGGGAUCUGGCACAGGCACUUGGAACAGCUGCUCAGUGGCAGUUAGGUAUUCAGGACUCUUUAGAUUACUCUCCUAGAAAGGAAACUAAUAAUGUGUAUGUGACAGAUUAAGAUUGGAGAAGGGAUAUUUCCCUAAGACUUCAGUUGAAGUUGCUUACCCGAAAUCAAACCUCAAACCACUAGAAAGAUCAGUAGAAAGAGAAAGUAGAAAAAUGCUUGAAACUGUUAUCAGUGACAAUUCCCGCCCCCCCAUCUUGUUUAACCCCCAAAGAUGUCCCCUGCACUGAACCUGGAAAGGAAGGGGAGCAGACAGGACGAAAUUGAGGCACUAACCCCUGGGGAACACACGCCUGGGGCACACAAUUUUCUGGAGGCCAGGGAGUUGCCAAGGUCAACAUGGGUCAGAGAAGGUGGCAGUGGGCGCUCCAGUACCAUGCCACUGACACUCAUUGCAAAGGCCCAGACCCAGGAAAGGAAGACCCAUGGCCUUCUACAUGAGCUCUGCAGGCUGUACCAAUUAAACAUAGCACCCCCAGACAGUGUGCACCAGAUCCCAGCAGCAGGCCAACCUCUUGGGCUUUGUUCAGCUUCAUGAAGGAGCUUGGUGGCUCAUUUUGUGUACUAAGAAGUGUUGAAUAGCUAGCUACAGUUUAAUCUCAGGAGCUGGUUAAGGCAACCUUGUACAUACAAGUGGUAACAUAAUUAUCACAGGGACGAGCCCAUUUUCUGCAAGAGCCUUUGCACAUUGUGUCUCUAGUUUAUCUCAGAGCCAAGCCGGACGAUACAACUGUUAAGGGCCAGAUGCUGUCCUCAACCCGGGUAGCUGAUUAUAGUAAAUUGUUUAAUAUUUAGACUUUAAUAGGAGGCACGACUUCAGGCUUGAUUGAAACCAAAUGGGAAGGCUGGGUGAAAAGCAAGCCAAAUUGGUCCACAAAACACAAGCCCAGACUGAUACAACAUGCACAGGCAGGUUUCAUAUUCAGAUCUAACUGGCAGACAAAGAAGAAAAAAACCCCAUAGCUAUUAAUGGAGUCUCCAGAAGUGAGUUAACACUUUUUAGACCCAACACUUUUACUUUGGAAUAUGAGAAACAAGCAUUACAACUCACUUGGGAUUCCCAGUCAUGAAAACAACAAGUCAGCAUCUUUAGGGGCUGGAGAGAUAGUCCAGUUAGUUAACUGUUCGCAGUACAAGGACAAGGACCUGCAUGCAGUUAUCAGAACCAAUGUUGAAAAGCUGGGCAUGGUGAGGAGCACUUGUAAUCUCAACACUGGGGACACAGAGAGGUAGGGCCUAAAGGCUCAAUUGCUAGUCAGCCUAUCAGCGUUCCUCCAGGCCAAGUGAGGCAAAUGUGUCCACACAUCUUUACAUGACUUGCCUAGCACACUGCAAUACCCUUAUCCAUACAGUUUUUCCAAAGCAUUGCCAGCAGUAAGGCACUGCAGAGCACCUGCCCAGCUCUUCUGCAAGGCUCAAAUAGGCAGAUAGAAAGAAAACAGGCCUUGGAACCAACUCUGAACAGAAGAAAAAGGAGGACUCUCCAACUCGACCCAUUAAGAAUUAUGGAGAUAUGAAGCAGUGGCCCCAGCAAAUGAGAACUAAGAAAAGAACUACAGAAUUCAGGACUUUACCCAGGGAGUCACAAGAUGGAAAGGUUUCUUCCCAAGACUGAAUUACCAACCAUGCCAAAAGGCUGUUUAUAGUGGUUAAGGGGAGGAGAAUCAAGCUCCUAUUACUAAAAAGUGACUUGGAGAACAUAGGCCAAUGCACUGGAGCUGCACCAUUCUUAAGCGCUUGCCUUGAGCUUCUAGGCUGCCCUGCUCCCAUUACAAUGCAUGGAGAUGACAUCACAAAGCCAUGCAGUGAACAAGCUGCUGCCAAGCCAUGAUUUCAAUCACUGUUAUCAGCAAUACAUAAAAGCUCAAAAGCCUAAUGACAAGGAUGCAAGACUUUUUAAGCUUCUAAAUAUAAAAUUAGCUGCUGGUCAAGAGGAAAUGCUUUGAGGACUCUUUAAUAAAAAAAUUUGAGAGUUAGUUAUCUAAGUUUAGGUUUAGAGCACUCUGUUAAUAUCUUAAACUCAAGACUUGCAAAAUCUGCCAGUUAAGUCCAGUGAUGCUGGACAAGAGCAUCAUCAGGGGCCCCAGGUUCCAUUUGGAAUUGACUGUGUUCUGUAAGUUUGUAUUUGGUGCUCAGGUCUUCACUGUUUCCCAUGCCUAGUAAUGCACCCACUGUUGCAUGCAUAUGUGCACACAAACACAUGCACACACACACACACACACACACACACUACAAUUUAACAUCUAGCCACAAAGACAUGUUUUGAAGUAGAAUGUAGAUCAAUCAAAA